UCGACCCGCAUCGCCGACAGCUUUGUCACGCGCUACUACGCCGUGCAAGACCUCGCCCCGCUCGAGCGCGCACACGCCAUCCACACCCUGUACGCCCCAGGCGCCCGCAUCUCGUGGAACGGCAACCCGAUCCCGCCCACCAGCCUCGCCGAGUUUGCCCAGUCGAUGCCCGAGAGCUCGCACGACGUCCAGGCUUUCGACUGCCACCCCAUCUCGGCGUCUGGCGCCUCGCCGCCCUCGCUCGUCGUCACCGUCUCGGGCCAAGUGACGCACGGGCCCAACCCGACCCCGUCGAGCGCGGCCGUCACCAACAAGAACUUUGACCACCUUCCGCGCGUCUUCAGUCAGAGCCUCAUCCUCACCCCGUCGGCCGACCCCAACAACCCGGGCGAGGCCGGCUACCUCGUCGCGAGCGACUGCUUCCGCUUCUGCUGA